CAGAGCUUUUAGGUAGACGCCGCAGCUAAUUAAAAAGCCAUAGACGAUGAUGGCAGAAAAUCUGUUAUAAUAGUCCCGGGUUCCCGGUUGUUUCUCCACAUUUUCGAUCUCCUGUCUCGAGCUUCUUGUCUUUUUCUUCUAGAACAAAACGGCGAUCAUGGUGCUUGGCUUUCAGCUCUGAGGUGACAUUUUUUCUUAUAAGCAUUAUAUGUGAUCAGUGUGAUUCCUAUACUCUCAUUCAUUUAUCUUAUCUUUUUUUAGCCUCUACGGCUGUCUAUCAAACAUGGUCUGCAUACCUUCUUGGCUCACGAGGUUGGGCGCUCGUCUUGCCAAUCGCCCAUUCAUCUUUACUUUUGCCGUCUCAGCCCUCUUCGCAUCCAAGCUCGCCCACAUCCACAGCCACCGAAACGCCGUCGCUACCGGUCGAUUAUUCACCUUUUUCAGCACAUUCUUCGUGCAAGAUAUUCUCGUCCUUCUUUUAAUCCGACUCCUCCUCGAUCAAUGGUCUCCCAGGACCCAAAUACUACACUACGCCACUACAGCAGUCGCUGGUUUAUUAAUAUUAUACAACGUCGCUCUAUCGUUAAUAUCCAUUACUUUUUACCUCGUCUCCGGCGCCGAGAUUCACUGGCGAAACCUCAACCUUGUGUCGGACCCUACUUCAAGAGCUAUCUUCCUUUCUGGUCUCGUGACCUUCAUCUUGGUCGCUUUUUGCUUGAUCGUCCUUGCUUGGCUGCUUCAGAAUGUGUGCUAUAGAGUGUUUGGGUGGGGUGCGGAUAUGCUCCAUUUCCCUUGGGCUAUGGCGCGAACUGCGACAAACCGAUUCUUGAGGAAGCGAAAUAUCUACAGUCCUCUUCCCGAUCCUGAGCCUGUCAUUGCCGAGGAGAACCAGUACGACGAUGUUGAUGAUGAGGCUUGGCUGGAGGACUUUGUCGAGCAUGGCAAAUCGCAAACUCUGUAUUCUCGAAUCUCCCAACGAGUCAGCACUUUUGGCGUCCGAGUGCAGCCUUCCACCGUGAGGCGCAUUCACUACGGCAUGCCAUACUUCUUUUGGUCUCUCUUCACUAUCGCCAUGAUGGUCUUGUUACUCGAGCGCCCCGAUGAUCGCUCUCUCCUCUUCCUCUCAUGGACCACCGGUCUCCUUCCCUUCGUCGACGUCUCAUCAACCGCACCACUCCUCGAUCAACUCCCUUCCAAGUUCGAACAAGUCGGCAUCCAGCACCAGUGGGAUGAGAAGUCAGCCCUUGGCGAGCCCCCAAAGAUGGAUUGGCUGCCUAAGGGUAAGCCUCUGGCUGGCUUUGAGGACUGGUAUACACCCAACGAGCUUCACUACAACGCCGCCAAGGAUCCCAUGAAGAUCUCCAACCUCGACCAGCCUGUGCUGGAGGAGCUGAAGGAUAAGCUCAAGGAUGUCUCUGUCAAGCAUGUCAUGCUCUUCCUGCUCGAAAGUACCAGGAACGACAUCUUCCCCUUCAAGAAGGGUGGUCAUAUGUGGGAGAAGUUCAAGGAUUCUUACCCCGAUAAGAAGAUUCCUGAGGACGUCGAAGAGAGACUCAAGAACUUGAUGCCCAAUGCCCGAUAUGUCACUGGCGAUUACGAUGAUGGUUUCAAGCACGACAAGACACCUAAGCGUGGCGGUGCUCAUUUCAGCAACGCCUACACCUCCGGCACUUACACUCUCAAGAGUCUCGUCGGCACUAUCUGCGGUCUCAACCCCCUCAUCGCCGACUUCAACCUCGAUUACAAGCGUCACAUCUACCAACCCUGUCUCCCUCACAUCUUCGACGCUAUGAACAAGGCUGAAGAUGAGUCAGCUGCCAAGUGGAAGUCAUACUUUUUCCAGACCGCCAUGAUCCACUACGACAACCAUCACAAGCUCAUGGCUGCCUGCGGUUACCCCGAGGAGAACACCCAGGACCGAGACUCCCUUCGCAGCGAGAACGCCAAGCACCGUGUUGAUCUGGAGGACAUUAACUACUUUGGCUUCCAGGAGGACCCUCUUGAGGAUUACAUGCGCGAUGCCUUUAAUGAUGCCAAGGAGAACAACGGUCGUGUCUUCCUUACGCAUAUCACCAGCACGAGUCAUCACGCUUAUGGUAUCCCUAAGAAUGAGACGUACACUGCUAUCGGAGCUGGCAAGGACAUUGAUGAGAUGUCGCAUUACGCCAACGCUGAGAGCUAUGACGAUAAGUGGAUUGGCAAGGUUCUCAAGAUGUUGGAUGAUCAAGGUGUUGCAAAUGAGACUCUCAUCGUCUUCCUUGGUGAUCACGGUGUCUCGCUGGUUGAGAAUGGCAAGGCCUCUCCUUACUACAACCCUAGCGUUGGAUCAGAUCAUGUCCCGCUUGUUUUCUCUCAUCCAUCUCUUCCCGCUUUCAACGUCGAGCACGCCGUUCACUCCACCCAAGUUCUACCGACCAUCCUGGAUCUCAUGCUCGAGAGUGGCUCAUUCGAAGGCGUUAGUCGCAAGGCCGCUGAGUCGCUCGUCGGAAAUUACGAAGGCCAGUCCCUCUUGCGCCCCAUGCAAAUGGUCAACAACCAAACAGGCCAAGCCCAAUGGCAUUUCACCGUCGUCAACCCCGGCCGAGCCAUGCUCAACGUGCGUGACGUCCGCUAUCCCGACCGUCACCUCAGCGUCCCUCUCAUCGACAACACCGAGUGGCGCCUCAGCGACCUCUCCGUCGACCCCUUAGAAAAGGACCCCAUCCAGGCCUUUGACUAUCUCUCCUUCUUGGACUCUGUGGAGAAGAAAUGGGGUGUUGAGUGGGCGCAGUGGGUGGAGGAGGGUGCUUUCAUGACAAGGUGGCAUGUGCAGGAGAAUGGAAAGCGUUGGCGUUAUGAGCGAAAUCCUAAUGUUCAAGAGACAAGGGAUCAAUAAAAAAAAACUGGGGAGUUUAGCGGUAUAAAUAAUGAAGAUGUAUGAAUAGUUUGCAUUUUAGAGUUUUGCAUGGCGAUAUCCAUUUACUACUAGUUUUGGUUCAUUGAUGCCUCUUGUCGUGAAGUCUG